UUCGGCGCCUGUGUUUUUUUUUUCUCCUGUCACGUGGUUUCGGGCGAGUCAUGUGCUCCAGUCAUGUGACCAUCCCUCUGUGGCGCCGCGGCCUGCAGCUGGGAGGCAGCAACAUGGGGACGGUGCUGGAUAUCAAGAUCAAGCGGGCCAAUAAAGUCUAUCGGGAUGGGGAAAUCUUAUCUGGGGUGGUGGUGGUGAUGAGUAGGGACACAGUCCAGCACCAGGGAAUUACACUCACCAUGGAGGGAUCAGUCAAUUUGCAACUAAGUGCGAAAAGUGUUGGCGUUUUUGAAGCCUUUUAUAAUUCUGUUAAGCCCAUUCAGAUCAUUAGCAGCUCCAUGGAAAUGGUCAAACCUGGAAAACUUCCCAGCGGCAAAACUGAAAUCCCCUUUGAAUUCCCUCUGAACGCGAAAGGGAACAAGGUGCUGUACGAAACCUACCAUGGCGUGUUUGUGAACAUACAGUACACCCUCCGCUGUGACAUGAAGCGCUCCCUUCUGGCCAAGGACCUGACCAAGUCUUGUGAAUUCAUCAUUCAUUCCUUGCCCCAGAAAGCCAAGUUACCGCCAACCCCUGUGGACUUUACUAUUACGCCAGAGACUCUACAGAAUGUUAAAGAGAGAGCCUCCCUACCCAGAUUCCUCAUCCGAGGUCACCUGGACUCCACCAACUGCAUGAUCACUCAGCCGCUGACUGGGGAGCUGCUGGUGGAAACGUCCGAAGUUGCCAUUAAGAGCAUCGAGUUGCAGUUAGUCCGAGUGGAAACCUGCGGUUGUGCGGAAGGUUAUGCUCGGGAUGCCACAGAGAUUCAGAAUAUCCAGAUAGCCGAAGGAGACGUGUGCCGAGGGCUCCCAAUUCCCAUUUACAUGGUCUUCCCCAGGCUGUUUACCUGCCCAACGCUAGAAACCACCAAUUUUAAAAUAGAGUUUGAAGUCAAUGUUGUGGUGAUCUUACACGAUGAUCAUCUCAUCACAGAGAACUUCCCUCUCAACCUGUGUCGAAUGUAAUUUGCUAAACGACCGGAGCACUUUCCUGUGUAACCACGGUGACCGUCGAGAAGGACCUCCCUCCAGGAACCGUCACAUGUCAGUGUAGUAACCAAGCUGACAUUUGUUUCCAGUAUUCUUUCAGCAGCAGGCAGAUAAAAGCUAACUGCUGAUUGGUUGCUGUGGUUCACAGAGAUUCUGACUGGAACGAGCCACAACAUUAAAAUGGGACCAACACAGUCAGGAAAACAAUGGACUUGUUACAGUUAACCCCAAGUUAUGGAAUUGUAAAUAAACUGCACUUAUUUGGAAAGAAAUGGUCUAAAAAUGUUAUCUAGAGUUUUAUUUUUCACUAGUGCUUCACUCAGGUCAGUGAGGUGCCUGCUGCCGUCAGUUAUUGGGAAAGGAGGAGCUGGGGUACAGAUCAAAGGAGUUCUUUUUCUCUAGUGUACUGCCUCCUAGUGGUACAAACUGUACUUUUUUGUUCCUCUGUCCCCCAAGGAGUUGUGCGAAGGAUCACCGUAGGCUCCUCCCACUUACCCAUCUUUCCAAUUAGAA